AUGAGAAAUGAUAGCCAAAAAAUACGCGCCCAGCUAUUACCGAAUCCUACUAACAAGCUAUCCCUACGCGACUCGAGGGCACUACUGAAUGAAACAAAAUUGAUCUCCCCGCACCCCAACACCUCCUACACCCUCUCCUGGAUCUGCGCCCUCCCGGAAGAAUAUGACAAUGCCUAUCUACUAGGCAGAAUAGGUGCGCAUAAUGUCGUUCUGGUCUGUCUCCCUGAAGGCCGUAUGGGGACAACUGCCGCCGCAAUCGUAGCGGAGAACUUGUGUCAGACUUUCCGGUCGGUGAAGUAUGGGUUUCUUGUUGGUAUUGGGGGUGGUGUUCCAGGGUUCGGGAGGGAUAUCAGGCUGGGGGAUGUGGUGGUUAGUGUUCCGGGGGGUGGGUGUGGGGGUGUUGUGCAAUAUGAUUACGGUAAGCAUAUCAAUGCACCGCCGGGAAAGUUGUUGGCGAAUGUUACGCUUUUGGGGUGUCUUUCGAGGAAGAAUGUGGGUGAUCAAGGGAAUAUGACGGCUGAUAUCUUGGCGUCGCUGGGGGAGAAGUAUGCGUAUCCUGCCGGGCUGCGGGAUAGGCGGAGGACUAGUGAUUUGCCAGGUGUGCAUUUGGGUACGAUUGCUUCGGGGGAUGGCUUGGUUAUGAAUGCCGAACUUCGGGAUAGGUUGAACGGGGAAUAUGGGAGGUCGAUAUUGUGUUUUGAGUGUGGAUCAGCUGGGGUUAUGAAUAUUUUGCCUUGUUUGGUUGUCAAGGGCAUUGCGGGCUAUGCGGAUUCGCAUAAGUAUGAUGCGUGGAGGCCGCGGGCUAUUGCUGCUGCUUGCAGCUAUGCGAAGGCUUUGAUUUUGCAGAUUCCACCGGAAGAGGUGCCGCAGCAGGAGAAUUCUGUGCAUGUGACAGAUCUGAUCAAAGACCUGCAUGAUGAACUGGGUCAGAUAAAGGCGGCAAUUGAUGGUCUCUGGAGUCUUCAGAAAGGUGAGGUUAUAAAUAGGAGUGUGCUUCCCCUUCGGCAUGCAUAUACAGAACGUCACAACGAUAAUCGCCUGACGACUAUGUGGAGCAGAAGCGUGAGCAUCACCGCAAGCCUCACUAGCAGGCUAGCCUUCCCAUAUCAUAAGUUGAUGCAAGCGAGUCAGUAUCUGAGACAUGGUGUGUCGCUAUUCUUCGACAACGUCAAGCGAUAUAUUGGGUCUAUGCUACCUGACCACUUUCCAAGUCACAGGAGUGCUGGCCCUAGUGCUGGAGCACUCCCUUCCGUACUUUCGUUUCAAGGAUGGGGGUGGCAUCUCAUUGCAGAGCCGCAUUUGUGGAUGUCCUCGUGA